UUGAUUGACCCAAAAAAAAAAAAGAAGAAGCAAAAAUACGAUAUUGCCUCGAUCCUUCAUCUUCUCUGAAGUUUAUCGAUUUUAUUUCCUGUAUCAGCGAUCUUUCUUUUAUCUUUUUAAUCGAGAAAACCUUUUGUGUGUGAUCGAGGAACCAUGUUCAAUUUCUGGGGAUCAAAGGAGCAACUUGGGGAGUCUCGUCCUUCUUCUUCAGAACCAUCUCCACAAUCACCUUGGUAUUCUCCGUCUCUGGUCACCUCUCAUAGCUCAUCCUCACGCCCUCAACCAUCACAUGUUUCGCCAAGUGAAGCUGCUGGCAUUAUUUCACUUUUGAAAGACAAAAGUGUGGAUGAGCUGAGCAAGCUUCUGACUGACAAGAAUGCGUACCAACAGUUCUUGAACUCGCUUGAGCAGGUCACUAUUCAAAACAACAUCAGAGAAGAGCUUCGCAAAGAGACAUUACAUCUUGCUAGGGAAAACUUGGAGAAGGAACCGCAGAUAGUGGAGCUCAGAAACCAAUGCAGAAUAAUCCGUACAAGUGAGCUUGCAACUGCUCAAGAGAGGCUCAAUGAGCUUGAGAAUCAAAGAGACGAGAUCCUCAAAUUCUACUCUCCUGGCUCUCUUCUUCAUAGACUUCAAGAUGCUAUGAAGAAGGGAGAUGAAGAAUCAGAGGAGCUGCAACAGAAGUAUAUGGAGAAGGAGAUUGAUACAGCAGCGUUUGUGCAGAAGUACAAGAAGCUAAGAAGCCAGUAUCAUCGUCGCGCUUUAAUCCAUCUCUCUGCAAAAACUUCAUUCAUCGGUUGAACUUGAAACACAAAGAGGUCUUAUUGGUGUUUAUGUACGUAAAGAAAAGAAGCAACCUUAAAAACAGUUCACUACUGAGACCUAUCUGAAAAACAAUAGUAUUGGGUUACAUGAUCAUAUGCUAUUAUGAUCUCUGAAUCUAAACCCUGUAAUAUUUGAAUCAUUUUCGUUAUAUACAUGUAUGGGUGUGAAACAGUGAAGAUUAUACGUGUUAUGAAACUACUAGAGCUUGCAGUACACAACAAGAUUCUUU